AUGCGGCUUGGACAGCUGGAGCAGUUCAUCACGAUCUGUUGGGGUAUAUGGAAGAACCGGAAUGAUCUUCGGAUGGGUGGUAAGGGACGAGCAGGCAGAACAGUGUGGCGGACUGCCAUGCACUUGGUAGAAGAGUUCCGAGCUGCAAAUGAUGGCAAAACAGAGCAUCAGGCCAAACCGGAGCUUCCGAUCUCUUGGCAACCACCAAGCCAAGGAUACUAUAAAGUAAACUUGGACGGUGCGGUCUUCUCGAAGAGGAACCAGGCGGGGGCCGGAGUGAUAAUAAGGGACGGCGCCGGUGAGGUGAUCGCUGCUUUAAGCAAGAAAUGGAAGUGUCCGUUGGGAGCAAUAGAAGCGGAAGCUAAAGCUUUGGAAGCUGGAGUUGAGUUCGCCAAAGAUGUUGGUAUUAGAGAGGCAGAAUUUGAGAGUGACUCUCUGUUGGUAUGCAAUGCUCUACAAGGACUGGGUUCACCGCCUUCCUCAGUGGUGAAUGUGCUUGCCGGGGUGAUGAACCAGAUGUCGUAUUUUAGACAAUGGAAAGUUUCACACACUAAACGACAGGGAAAUGUCCCUGCUCACUUACUAGCUCAACACGCCAAAUACGUUGAGGAUUAUAUUGCAUGGCUAGAGGAAUGUCCUAGCCUGAUUGAACAUGCUUGUGCGCAUGACAGGAAUGUAACUUGA